UACCUGGAUUAUGGUACCUGCCAACACGUCGCAACCGUCGGGCAUGGUAUCUUGACAAGCUUGUGAAACAUAAGAUCUCACAGAUCAUAGAGGCGCGACUCGCUAGCGGCGUCUACGAAGAUGACCUGCUCGGGCAGAUGCUGCAGCUGCAGCUGCAAACAUGUAGCAGCGGCAGCACCGAGACCCUGAGCACCGAGGAGAUGGUUGGCGAGUGCAGGACUUUCUUCGCGGCUGGGUACGAAACCAGUGCCAGCCUCAUUACCUGGGCGAUGUUCCUGCUCGCCAGCUACCCACGGUGGCAGGAGAUGGUCAGGGAGGAGGUCGUCCGGGAAUAUCCCGCUCACCGGUUACCCAUAGGUGACGCCCUCGGCAAGUUGAAGCUGCUUAACAUGUUGCUCUUGGAGACACUGAGGCUCUAUGGCCCCAUAGCUUUCCUCCAGAGGAAGACUGCCUCAGACACUAUCCUAACGCACGUGAAGGUGCCGAAAGGAACGAUGAUAACAAUACCAUUAGUUUUGUUGCACCGGGACAAGGAGAUUUGGGGACCCGACGCCGACGAGUUUAAUCCGAUGAGGUUCCAGAAUGGCUUAUCGAGAGCCGCCAAGCAUUCACACGCGCUGCUGGCCUUCUCAUUCGGGCCGAGGGUUUGUGCCGGGCAAAACUUCGCCAUGGUUGAG